CUAUACAAAAGUUUUGUCGUUUUAGUCAGACAUAGAACUAUUAAUAUUUUAUCUGGUCUACAAUGAUGGGUGUUGGUUACGUUAACUUAAUUUUACUUGUUUUGUGCUUCUUGGUUGGUUUUACUAUUUCACUAAAUGAAUAUUAUUGGCGGGACUAUUCCGGAACUGUACCACACGACGCCUAUAUCGCUGGUAAAGAUACAAAUGGACAAAACAUUUAUAUAGGUCAAGUAGCCGUCCAAAAGCAUACCGGAAUAUAUCCAGCUGUCAUAAGUCCCGGAAAAAAAGUUGUGGCUGCCAAGGAUGGAGCUAGAGAAGCUUGGAACUUUGCCCAGAUCCUCUGCACUUUAUUUCCUCAAAGGUUUAUCUGGAUUCCAAAAGAAAACACAAACGUCCAUAUCAUUCCCAAUCAUUUACAUCCAGUUAAUGGAGGCAUGGAAGACGGCAAAGCUUUGUAUAUCGGCGGAAUUAAUUAUCAGGGACAUACCAUUAUUGGAAAAAUAUUAUCUGGAAAUAUUGGAAAUGCUACAAUGUGGUUCGUUCAUGAUAAUCAUGAAAGAAUGAUCAAUUCGUAUCAGUUACUAGUCUAUACGGAUAAUUAUCACGAGUAUCGUGGUCACGAGCAUAUAGUACAUUAUAGGCCUACAAACUAAUUGAUAACAGUAAAUGUAGUUUUAUGUUUAAAUAAAUUAGAGAAUAAUGGUUGAAAGAAUGUACAAGAUGGACCGUUUUGGUUGUUUCCAUAGGUUAUCUAGGGUAGGGUGACCAGACGUCAGGAUAAAGCCGGACAUGUCCGGCUUUUUCGCUUAAAUGAAAACGUCAGGCCGGCUUUUUGUCGUGUCCGGCUUUUUAUCAAUCGAAAAUUCUAAAUAACUAAAAACGCACAUUAUCAUUAUUCCUGGUUCCGACUUUCUCAAGCUGGCAACGCCGCGCCGCGUCGGUCGUCGCGUAUAUCGAUACCGACCCGA